CAUACCACCAUCAGCUGCUCAGAGGAGCUAGAUACCACCAACAGCUGCUCAGCGGAGCCACAUACCACCAUCGGCUGUGCAGAUGAGCCAGAUACCACCAUUGGCUGCGUGGAGGAACCAGUCCACACCAUCGGCUGCUCAGCAGAGCCACAUACCACCAUCGGCUGCGCAGAGGAGCCACAUACCACCAUCGGCUGUGCAGAUGAGCCAGUCACCAUCAUCGGCUGCGCAGAUGAGCCACAUACCACCAUGGGCUGCGCAGAGGAGCCACGUACCACCAUCGGCUACGCAGAUGAGCCACAUACCACAAUAGGCUGCGUGGAGGAGCCAGAUACCACCAUUUGCUGCGCAGAGGAGCCACGUACCACCAUCGGCUGCGCAGAUGAGCCACAUACCACCAUUGGCUACGUGGAGGAGCCAGUCACCACCAUCGGCUGCUCAACUGAGCCACAUACCACCAUCGGCUGUGCAGAGGAGCCACAUACCACCAUCUGCUGCUCAGACAAGCCAGAUACCACCAUCGGCUGCUCAGAGGAGCUAGUUACCACCAACGGCUGCUCAGAGGAGCCACAUACCAUCAUCGGCUGUGCAGAAGAGCAAAUGAAAGACCAAAAGAAGAAAAAGAAGAAGAAAUGGUCUUUUAAGAAAGGAAAGAAGGGGACAAAGGUAACGCCAGUGUCCCUCACUAUCCUCUGUUCAGAAGAGCCAGUCUCGACCAUCAGCCACUCCGAGCAGGCGUCGGCUCAUGACAUCGGCCGCCCAGAGCAGGUAUCGGCCCUGAACAUCGGCUGCCCAUUCCGAAGCUGUCGGAAGGUCGAGGAGGAACACGUCAUCCAGAGGACCACGAUCAAUCGCACUGUCCUUGGGUUCUCGAACCUAGGGAAUACGUGCUACAUGAACGCCGCUCUCCAGAGUCUAUUCAGCCUCACCAUCUUCACCCAUGACAUCAGGGACAAGGAAGGCUGCUGGAGGUCAAAUUUGCCCACAAGUUUACUGAAGUGUCUCACAGAUCUGCACUCAGCCAGGGCCAGCCCCAGCCAUCAGAGAAAGAUCAGCCUGCUGAAGACCCUGAAACAGACCAUCACUGCGAACUUCAGCGACUUCUGUGGGGAUGAGCAGCAGGAUGCUCAUGAGUUCCUCGGUGUUCUCCUGUCCCAGCUUAAAGACGAGGGGCUUUCCAUGAGGACAAGGGUGGGGCUGCACCCUGACGCAAGUACCAUUGUGGCAAACUUUGAGUUUGAGCUCCUGUCCACCAGGACGUGCCUCAGCUGUGGGGAGAAGGUAUGUCGAACGGAGCCUUCCAACUGUCUGUCCGUGGACUUAGUCGCUAGGGGCUCCAUAGAAGAUAGUUUGGCACUCUACUUCAAGGGCUUUGAGGUAGAGUGUAAGUGCCAGUGGUGCUCUGGGCAGUUGGCCUCAGUGGAGCAGAGGUUCCAGUCACUGCCUCGAAUGAGUAUAGAAUCACCAGCGUGCUCUCCCACAUUGGAUCGAAUAUGAGACACGGCCAUUACAUCAGUGACAGCAGCGACUGCAAUGGACGCUGGCUGUCAUUCGAUGACGAGCGAGUGACCCCGACGGACCAGAAGUCUGUGCUGAAGCGGAGGUCAAACUCAGCCUACAUGCUGUUUUACGAGUUCAGGUGAGAGCUCAUCCAUAGGUGAGAGCCCUGCUGCUCUGUGAGUGUAUUACAGGUAGAAUAGGUGCAGUUCUGUGUUGGGGGAGGCUUGCGGGCAUCAUGAUUGGGCUGAUGUCUGUUGUAGGGGUGCUGGUGUAUAGAGACGCAACAGGGGCCAGCCUUCAGUGAGAUCACUCAGACCUCCCUGCUUCGCCACUCAUGUUUAAGUUUUAUGCUGAUGUUAUUGUUUGAAAUGUACUGUAAAGACAGAGGGUCAUCCUAUGGAAAUGCGCCAUUUUAUAUAUUGCGUAUCCAUGUAUACAAUUUAGUCAGCUUGUUCUCAACACAAUUUGAAAUGGUUAAAAAUAAUAUUGAAACAAAUUCAACAGAUUACGAAAUAGAAAAGGCAACUUGUUAUUGACAACUUGCAUAUUGAUAAUGUGUAAAUAGUCAGGCUCAUAGAUCAUUCUGGAAAUGGUUCCCAUCUUUGAAAUUCCAAAAAGGGUGUCUGGGGCAGUCUAUGUUACAUUAAACAGUAUCGCCAUUUCUUCCUGUUGAAAAUUAUUUCUGUGGCCAUGUGUAGCCUAUACGGACCCCGUUCUGUAUUUUCUUCUCCUUUUGGUACUGUUCGUAUUUUCUUUUCCUUAAUCUUGCACUUAGUGUCUCAGUGUCCUUUCUUCAUUUCUUUGGAUUUAACUUCCGCAAUCUCUGUUCGUUGCAAUUUUCAAUUUUGGCAAUUUUCAGCCAAUUUACAAUUUUACUCUCUUUGUGUACUGAAUCCAGUAGUCCCACAUUCUUUUAAACUUUUCCUGCUGGAGUAUCAUAGAAAAUAUUAAUCUCUCCAUCACAAAUCAUCAACCCAGCCAUCCACCAUAGUUUCCUUUGGUUUCAACCAUUUUCUAGUGAGGGCCUUUUUGGGUGCCACUAGUAUUAUUUUGAGACGGUACUUAUCUUUAUUCUCUCUUGGAUUUCCCUUCCCAACUCAAGGUCUGCAAAUGCAAAUGGGAUUUAAAAUAGUGCCAAUGCUUUCACAGAAUCCUGUAUCUUUCUCCCAUUUGUCCUUACUCUUGUGUUUUCUGGGAGCAAAUCAUAUAGCAUGAAUCAGAUUUCUGGCUGCUGAUGUUGAUCUUUUAGUUCUUGAACACUUUCAAAUUGCUCCUGGUUCAAAGGGUGCUGUGAGAUGUGAGGCCCUUUCUAGUCUCCUCUCUGAAUCCUGGAAUCAAAACUAUUUGGGACAAAGUCAAAGUCAUAAUAUGACAUAAUUGCUAUAUCUUUUAAAUGUCUUUCAUUCCACUCACUCUGUUCAUAUCCUACCAUAUCGUCUUUACUGCCUCAAGCCCCAGCAAGACUGCUCUGAUCCUGUUCUGUCUAACAAAUCUGUUCUGGUCUGAAUUAAUUCUUCCAGGUAAAAAUGUCUCAAUUCUUCUAGUUAAAAUAGAGGCAAACAAUUUACGGUCAUGGUUCAGAACACUCUACAAUUUGCUCACUCCAAUCUAUCCUUCCCCUCUUUUUGGGACUGAAAUGACAGACUUCCACCCAAUUAAAUGAUCCCGAUAACAUGGGGGUAAGUGGCUGCCUGAAUGAUUUGUAUCACAAUGAGGUGUAGCCAUCGGCCCCUGGUGCUUUGUUUGCCUUAAGUUUAGUUAUAAAAGCAUUCAGUCUUUUAGUGGUAAUAUUUUCUGUUCUGUCCCUCAAUUUGUGUGUAAAUUUAAUCAGUUGAGAAAAUCCUCUGCCUGGCUAUUAUUGUCCUUAAAUGGUGGUUGAGUCCUCCAAAUGUAUAAUAAUGGUAGAGUGAAAUGUAAAUAUUUUGCCAUAUACUUAAGGCAUUGAAAUCUGAGAUCAUUGUCAAGUACAGAUAUUCAUCUUUUAUCAUGGUAUUUGAUAUUUCCUGGUAUUUGAAUGCGUAUGUUUUACCAUUUUACAGAAACAGCUGUUUUUGUGUUGAGUACCCCCAUGUCAGGUGUAGAAAAUUAAAUUAUAAUAAGUAAAUCAAGUCGAUAAAUUCUUAUAUUUGGUUGCAGAGCCCUUAAAUGCAAAAACUAAAUCUAUGACACACUGACAUCAAACAUUUGGUAUUUUUGGAAUUGCUUAUCUGCAGUCUCGUCUGACUUAGCCUGUCCCAAACUUCUAACUUUCUUUAAUUGAUGAAUGCUGUGGUUGCAUAGGCAGUGUGUUUGGGGUCAUUGUCUUGGUGCAAUUUGAAGUGCCAGCUGAUGAGGUUGGAGGGCUUUUUUUGGACAUAUCCGGACAAAAUCUGUCUGUACACUGUCUGUCACUGACCAUAGUUUUAGGGUUUUUCUUGAGAGCCAUCUGUCAUCACCUGUCGCUAUCUUCCUUGGCCUUUCUGUACAGUUUGUAUUUCAAUUAGUGGUUUCUUUAUUUUUCAGGAAAUCUGCUUUUCUUUAUACACCCAGUUAGCAUUUACCAUUUACCCAGUUUCUUGUAAUAUAGUUCAACACUUCUAGAUAUUCUCUACUUUAAAAUCUAGAUUUAAAAUGGGGAGUCCUUAUCCUCAGCUGGCUGCUUUCUUAUUUCCUCUCUCAAUAGGGGUUUACAUGCACCCCAGGGCAUUUGUGGGGACACCUCACCAUUGUGAUUCUCUGUGAAGUAAUAGGCCUACUGUAGUUCUAGCUUCAGUUGUUCCUUCACUGGACCAUUCCAUAAAGGUAGUUUUAUUGCUGUGCCCCAGGUUCAGGGUCAUACUGGGCUACAUUCUAAAAGAUCCAUUGUUCCAGCACCAGAAGAUUUCUUGAAAGUGAAACCUACUGCAAUGUUAUCUGAGGGUGAGAAACAAUUUCAUGAAUGAUUUAUUCGCCUGAAAUAAUUGUGUAAACUUUAGAUACCUGGUAAGUAUAAGUAUCUCAUGUAAUGAGUUAUAUUGCAUUGCUAUAGAUGUGUUUGUAUGUAACUGAAAUUCGAUACAUCCUCAAAAGCAGAAGUACAGAAAUAGCAUAAUGACACAAAUAAUUUAUUUUAUUUUAUUGUAUUUUUUGGGGGUCGGGGGUUUAUAGCUCAUAGAAAUUGAGAAAUUGAUUCUAGGGACCAUUUUGACAAGAUUCCCAACACUAAAAUGUGUUUAAAACUCUUUAGGACACUUGAAUUCAUUGAAUUUGGUUUCAUAUCAUCAGAUAUACAAUGUGCUUUAGUUCAUUCAUAUUCCUACGGAUGCGAAAUGGCACGCAUUUAUAGGGUGACCCAAAAAUAAAUUUUUGAAAUUAAUAAAAAUGUUAUGUACUUGAAUAAAAUGUUUACAGAGACAUAAACUGUGUAUUAUUUGUGUUCAUCUCAAUGUCAUUUUAACUUUUGUGAUAAAUUACCAUAUAUAUCAAUUUUGUUUUACACAUGUAUGUUGUAGAUUUAAAAAAAUGUUUUAUGGUAAAGUUAUCCUUGAAGA